UUUUGAUUCCUGGUGGGGCCAGAAAUUUGUCUUCUCUUCACAACAUCCAUAGUGGUUCUGGGGCCCACCCAGCCUUGUAUCUAAUGAGCACAGGGGACUAUUUCCCCAGGGUUAAAGUGGUCAGGGCAUGAAGCUGACCACUUGCCUUCAUCUAGUGCCAAGGUCAAGAAUGUUGGAAUCUUACCUCUACCCACACUUAUGUCUUCGUGGCAUGGUGCUAAAAUAAUUAAGCACAGGGACAACUUUACCUUUAACUUAUUCAUCACCCUUUGAAAUGACAAAACUAUGUUUGGCUGAUUGUUGCAUUUCCAAAUGCCAAUUGCAUAAUUUAAUAAUUUCCAGUUUCCAUCUUUCCAGUCUUCUUGAAGAAUUUAGUGGACACACAUUGUUUACCACUCCUAGACAUCAUUAAGUCAAUUCAUUACAAACACAUUUUGAUAGACUCAGGGUACAGACUGAUAAUUGGAUUUAUUGGACGCUUAUAACUUGUCACUACAACACUAAUUUUAUGCACACUAUAAAUCACUAGAAUUACAGCACACAUGAAAUCUUCUGUUUGUUAUUCUGCUGUCAUUAGUUGUUGCUAGGCAGUGGCUGCUAGCAAUGGAGAUUUUUCAUGGCAAACCAUUAACUGCCGCUGCUCAUGUGCAACUCACAAACUGUGGCUGCUGGUCAUUUAAAUUGCUGCUAGCCCUUACCAGCACAGUGAAUCUUGGUUUCACGUCUUGUCUGGACCUAUGACCGUUUUUAUUCUUUCAAAGACUUUUAUGUGUUUUGAAAUGGGGCCAUCUCUUCAAUGAGAGGAGGGGUCUUGCUGCUACUGGUCGCCCCCUCUCUACAUGGCUGCUGCUGGUAUGCAUUGUAUAGCCUUGGCAUGGACUACACAGAAAACACCACUUCCCAAGUGUUCCUCCAUUGUUGCAAGUUGAUUUGUUGCUGUGGAUGUGUGUUUACCAUGUUGUUGCCUGGGAAUGAUCACCACUCAUUCCACUAUUUCGGCUUUCAGCUGUCAUUUCACAAUGUGAUGCAGGAUCCAUGUGAAAGUAUUGAUGAAGCCAACCUAAGUACAUCAACACUGAGAAGGAAGCUGUUUGUCCACGAAGAGAACCAUCAACAGAUGUCAAUGUCUCCUGCUACAUCUUCAUCCUUCUCCAUGGAAGUAGAGUGCAAACUUGGCAGUCCAGCGCAUAGUGGUCUUUUGCUAACAACAUCUUCCAGGAUUCCUCUCCCAUCUGCUCCAGUAAUUGAAGGCCGCACUUAUGGGACCCCUUUCCCACGUUCUAAGCUUAUUUCAUCACCAGAAAUUUCACCGAUUGGCAGUGUUCAUCAACGAAAUAAAUCCGUCACACGUCUCAACUUCAGUAGCAGAAUGAUGUCAAUGGAGAAGUCAACAACAUCUAGCCCCUCUAUGUCUCCAUUAG